AGAACUCGAUCUCCUGCUGAUGCGCAACCUAUACCCAGGCAAUUUGGCACUCACCGUGCUGUCAUCAACGGGACCUUUCCCAUUCAGGAGAUGUCUCAUGUUUACGCCUGCCGGCAUCCAAAGACUAGCCUGGCCUUUGAUACCACCUGGAUAGCCGCCAUCUUUGCUAGUCAAGCGUUUGACACGGAGCAAGCGUAUUGGCUGUACGAAUCUCUGAUGGACCGACUGGCAGGAGAUCUCAAACCCAUCGCCAUUCGCGUCACAUCUGUUGUUUUACCCCAACUCUUGGCACAGCAAGAUCAGCAACUUCACGCCGACCUGUCGAGAAAGGGUUUCGAUUCGGCCUCGUAUGGUGCCCUAUUGGUAUCCUGGCUCCCAUCUAUCUUUGCCUCGGCGCUACCGUUUCCAACCGUAUUGCGGCUUAUGGACCUUCUCAUCCUUGAAGGACCACUUCUAUUGCUUCGCGCUGCCCUCGCCAUCUUGCUUGUCAUGUCGAAACGACUGAUCUCCGCAGAGAGCAAGGAAGACAUUCUGCGACUUCUUCUGCAACCCAGUGCAGAUGAGCUCGUCAGCCCAGAAAGCCUCGUCAAAGUGAUGGCAAAGAUCUCGCUGUCCGACAAGGUCGUCGAGGGGCUCAAGACUAAGGCUUUAGCGUCACUCGCCAAUCAGAGGCGAAAUUAAAGACGUAUCGAUAUCAAAGUCAGCAUCGAUAACGACCAUAUACCCAGACACGACCUCCUGUAAACAACCAUAUUAGCAUGAUGUGACGAAUUACACGACGAUCGUUUGUAAUCGGAUCUACCACACAUCCUUCUAGUCAUAUCAUCCACGUUUGCAGCGUUAUUCCAGCAAUCCUUUGGUCUUUGCGCUCAGACCUGUCAGCAGGAUGCAUUGCGAGUGCAGGGAGACUCGGAACGAGAGCGAAUCGUCAGCGAAUGUUGAGAUGGAUCGCUUCAAGAUGAGGCGGCAAAUAAAACACUUCAACAGUGUGUAUACUGCCCUCAUGAAAACCCUGAUAUAUUUUCUUCUCGUC